CCUUACACAGAGAAGCAAGAACGAGGAAAUCAGGAGGUGCCUUUUCCAUCUGAGGAUGGGGGGGAAAUAAUAGGUCAGCCUAGAAAGCUGGGUGUCCACCCUGGCCAUCGAGGGUGUCCCACUAGCUCUCCAGUUUAACCAUGAUGUCUCCUCAGCAUCAGUAGGGGAACAGCCAUGAGCCUUGUCCGGGGAAUUUAUCUUGAUAGAGGUGACCUUUUGUUCUUCUUUUUCACCUGCACUGUGGGGAAAACGUGCCACCGAGCUGCCUUCGGGCCCACGGCAGGCUCUCCUCACCCCCUGGAGACGUGUUCGCUCUUUGGGUUCAGACUCUCAGAGGAGAAGCUACCAGCUUGGUGACUCCCAACGCUUCCUGCUGCCCUCUCACCAGAGCUGCGGGAAAAUUGAACCGUCUGCGUGGACAGGUCGGAUUCUCCGUGGACGUUGAAAGAUGCGCCCACUCCUCUUCCUGGCUUUGAUGUGUUUCUCUGCUCUUCCUGGGACCCUGACCAUCUACCAAAGGCCGACUGGGACUCCGACCACGCCGGAGCCCCUCCGGUACCUCCUAGAGCCCACGAGCCAGACGGUGCUGACCCAACGGGGCGCCACGGCCACCCUGCCCUGCAUGCUGCGGGUCCUCCCGGCCAACUACAAGGUCCGGUGGAGCAAGGUGGUGCCGGCUGAGCACAUGGAGGUGGUCCUCCUCAUCACCAACGGUGCCCACCACAAAACCUACGGCCCCCUGGGCAGCCGGGUCCGGCUGAGGCGCAGCCACCGCUACGACGCCUCCCUCACCAUCUCCGACGUGGCCCUGGAGGACGAGGGGCGCUACCGCUGCCAGCUGGUCGACGGCCUGGAGGACGAGAGCAUCUCCUUGGUCCUGCAGCUGGACGGCAUCGUCUUCCCCUACCAGACCAGCAAGGGGCGCUACAAAUUCACUUAUUUCGAUGCCCAGAAGGCUUGCCGAGACCAGGAUGCUCAGCUGGCUACUUACAGGCAACUGUACCAAGCAUGGACAGAAGGCCUGGACUGGUGCAACGCUGGCUGGGUCAUGGAAGGCACGGUGCACUACCCCAUCAUCAAUUCCCGGGGGCCCUGUGGCGGGAAAGAGUUCUUGAUCUAA